CUUUCUUGUGGCUCAGUAAAAUAGUGAAAAGUAGAUUGAAUGACAAUGACUUUCCAUGAUGGAUGUGCCACAUUACUUUGUAGAUAGAAUAUGCCAUUCCACAAUGCAACUCGUAGAUUCUACCUACCUAUGUUUCGUAGAUUUGGUGUAGUUGAUAUCUCAUGAUAAUACUGCCCAUACUAACUUCAUGAAUUGAAUCCAUACAUUUUCAUCCUUGCCCAAUUUACAACUGUCCUGAGUUCUCAACCCGCAUUGUUACCAUGGCUGAUUCGGAGAAGGGUACUGAUGACUGUGGGCCAGAGACGAGGUCAUCACAUGAAUUGCGGCUGACUGAGAAAGGUAGAGAGUACCAAACCACCAUGAAGGUCAAAGUGUUUAAGCAGGUGUUGGGAAAACUGGAAAAGGAAGGCACGUCCCUGGUUGAUGACCUUACAAGCCAAGAUGACGAUGAGCAGGAUGAAGAAAAAAUGACCAAGAGGAUUGCCAAAUGGAGGCACAACUACGUGAUGCUUCGUCAGACCCAUGAAGAUCUGCGCUCCUUGUUGGGAGCUGAAUUUGAAGCUCACAGAUUGAUGUAUGAUGACAGACUCACCAAACUGGACACCACAAGAGCAAUGAUUGAGUCAUUGACGCCACAAGAACUGACGUGCAAACAGAAGAAGAAGAGUCGGGGAGCACGCUCGUCGGUAACCCAGACAAGCAGAUCAUCUUCGAGUACUGACAUGAAAGCCCAGCUUUUCAUGAUGAAGGUUCAAGAGAACACUCAGGCAGCUGAGACGAAAGCAAAAGCUGAUGCACUGGAAGAAAGACAGGAAUUGGAAAGGGAGAUAAAGAUCAUGGAGUCCAAGAUGCAAGAGCUGAAGUGGAAAGAAGAAAAGCAUCAAAUAGAAACAGAAAGAAGGAUCCAUAAAGCAAAAGAAGAGGUGAUUGAAAGGAUGGAGCAGCAAGUUGAAUCGCUGAUGAUGUCACCAAGACAGCAGGCGGCUGACAUGGAGAUGGAGUCACAUGGGACGAAACGGGUAGACACUGAUGCACAACCUACUGACUGUCAUGAAGCUGUUAAUGACAUGACUGAUUAUGCUGUGCCACCGCCUACUGUACCCAUUUCCGCCCAUUGUCAGGCUCCUGCCCCUGCUCACCCUCAGUCCACUGAGUCUGCUCCAACACAAGUUACUGCUGCUACUCUGGCUGACAUUCUUUCCCUACAGGCGCAGAGAUGUCAGCUACCUCCUACAGAACCAGGUGUGUUCAAAGGCGAUCACACCACCUUCCGCAUCUGGCUGAACGCCUUCGAGACGUACAUUGAGACCAGAUGCUCUUCAUCCAGCGAAAGGCUACACUACCUGGGCUACUACACAGCUGGAGAAGCAAGGAACGCGAUCACUGGCUUCCUGCAGAUGGGAACGGCUGAUGCCUACCAGCAAGCCAAGAAGCGCCUCACCGACAGGUAUGGCAAUGCAUUUGUCACCAUGAAUGAGAUGAAGAGGCGCCUUCAGAGAUGGCCAGAUGUGCGAGCUGGUGAUAGUAAGUCAUUCACUGAGCUUUCAGACUAUCUAGAGCUUUGUCUGGCCAGUUCGAAUGCAAUGGGUGAUGUGAAGAUGUUCGGUGGUCCAUCAGAGAUUGAUGCCAUCCUCAAGAAGUUGCCCAGAUACCUGUCUGACAGCUGGAGAAGAAUCGUUGACAGGUGGAUCUAUGAACCCGAAGAAGGUUCUGUCUCGCAGUACCCACCGUUCGCACACUUUGUGCAGUUCAUGAGCAGAGAGGCCAGGGUGGCCUCUGGUCCAGUGCUACCCAGAAGUGGCGAGGAAGACAAGCGAGUGCAACCGAAGCAAAGAAAUGCACGAGUUCUCCUCACUUCUGCACCAACCGAUCAGAAGCCUCAAGACAGCAGAGCAGGCGGCCGGGUGAAUCAGCAGCACCACUGUGUGGCAUGCAAGAAUGAUCAUCCGCUGGACCGUUGCUCGACAUUCACCAAGAUGUCCCUGAAGGGCAGACAGGAGCUGGUCCGACAGCAUGGUCUCUGCGGAGGGUGCCUAAGGAAGGGGCACAGAUGGAAGGAGUGUCGAAGGAAACAGCGAUGCACAAAGUGUAGCAGGCUGCACCCUACCCUGCUCCAUGACGAUUCUCUUUCCCUCAGAGUGGACAAGACAACAACCCAAGGCACCCAGACUAGUGCUGCGGUAUCCCUCCAUGUGUCCUGUGACAAGGUAGCUGAGUCUCCCAAGUGUACUCACUCCAUGCUGGUACCUGUGAACCUGACACACCGAGAUCUUCCCCACAGAAGCAUGACCGUGUACGCACUGCUCGAUCCUCAAUCUGACACAUGUUUUGUGAAAGAGUCUGUGCUACAGGAGUUGGAUCUGCGCGGUGAGGACGUCACCCUCGAGGUGAGCACGAUCGCAGGCAGGACCAGGACACAGAGCCAGGUCGUACAUGGUCUGGUGGUGAAGGAUCACAAGGGCGAGACAGAGUUCGAGCUACCUCCUACGUACUCCAAGGCGGACAUCCCUGCCGAGCGCCAACUGAUCCCGAGACGCGACACAACAGCUGAAUGGCCCCAUCUGCAGGAGGUGGCCGGACAGCUGCCGGAGUACGUCCCCGACGCUGAAGUGGGAAUACUGAUCGGCAUCAACUGCCCCAGAGCUCUGAAGCCACUCGAAGUGGUCACCGGUGGCGACAAUGACCCCUGGGCGAUUCGCACCAGCCUCGGAUGGAGUGUGAUCGGAUUCAUGGGUCAGCCAUCCAACGGUGCCGGUGCAGCGUGUCUCUACGUGACUGGUCGAGCCGAACAGGAGGGAGUUCGACACUUCGCGUUCCGAGUCCGUGCUCGUGAGGUACCUCCUGAGCAGCUGGCCAGACUCUUCGACUCUGACUUCACUUCACAGCCAGGGGGAACGAUGGUGUCACAAGAUGACCUGCAGUUCAUCGAGAUCAUGAAGACAAGCAUGCACCAGCGUCCAGACGGCCGCUUUGAAGCUCCCCUCCCCCUCAGGGAUCAGAACAUGUCUCUUCCAGACAACUUUCACCAGGCUCAGGCUCGACUUCAGUCCCUGAAGAGGAAGCUGUUGAAGGACAGCAGCUACAGGGAAGCCUACAUCACGGCAAUCAAAGACUUGUUGGAUAAGGGCUAUGCCGAGCCCGUCCCGCAAGCUGAACUGGAAGCUAAUGACGGACGAGUGUGGUAUGUUCCCCAUCACGGCGUCGUCCAGCCGAAAAAAGGGAAACUACGAGUAGUCUUCGACUGCAGUGUGGAGUUUCGUGGACGAUGUCUAAACCACGAGCUACUUCAAGGCCCAAACGUGUCAAACAACCUCGUCGGGAUCCUGGCAAGAUUCCGAAAGGAACCUGUGGCUCUGACAUGUGACAUAGAAGCCAUGUUUAACCGCGUCGCGGUUACUGCAAGUGACAGGAACCUGCUCAGGUUCCUCUGGUGGCCAAGAGACGACGUCAACCAGGAAGCAGUCUGUUACAGGAUGACGACACACCUCUUCGGAGCCGUCUCCUCACCCGCGUGCGCGAUGCACGCACUGAAUCUGACUGCCGAGCUCUAUGAGCCCAAGUAUGGGAAAGAAGCAGCCAACUUCGUCAAGAACGACUUCUACGUCGACGACGGACUGACUUCGACGCCAGAUGCUGGUACUGCAGCGACUCUGAUCGAGAAGACGACCGAGCUGUGCGCCGAAGGUGGGUUUAAACUCACGAAGUUCGCCUGCAACGACUUUGAUGUCAUGCAAACUGUCCCAAUCUAUUCGAGAUCUAAGACGCUGGUGGGUUUGACGUUCGAGGAGAACUCCCAGGUGUGUGAACAGGCACUGGGUGUCAGAUGGGACCUUGGUUCUGAUACCAUUCAGUUCCGAGCAGAGCUCCCUGAUCGGCCUGCCACCAGGCGAGGCAUCCUUUCAGGGGUGAGUUCCCUGUACGACCCACUUGGACUCAUCUCGCCAGUGAUUCUUAAAGGAAAGAUGAUCGUCAAGGAGCUCUGUGGACGUGAUUGCUCCUGGGAUGACCCGGUUCCCGAGGAGCUGAAGGAGCAGUGGCUGACUUGGAAGGCGGCGCUACCAGAUCUGUCUAAAGUGAAGAUCCCAAGACAGUACGGCUCGAUACUCGACUCUGACGGCUCGCCUGCAACUUUCGAGCUUCAUCACUUCUCUGAUGCGUCCACAGCAGGAUACGGAACCUGUAGCUACCUACGCGUCAUCAAGGAUGGUGAAGUGUCCUCGGAUCUCGUGCUGUCGAAGGCCAGGGUGACGCCGAAGAAGACCGUCACAGUUCCACGCUUGGAACUCGCAGCAGCAGUGCUGGCGACAGAAGUCGGUGAGUUUCUGCAGCAAAAUCUGAACAUAUCCCCGAUCCAGCAUCACUAUUGGUGCGACAGUCGCGUGGUUCUUGGAUACAUACGGAACAACGUGCGCAGGUUUCAUGUGUAUGUGGCCAACAGAGUGCAGACGAUCCUGAAUCGCACGACACCGAGUCAGUGGCACUUUGUCCCAUCAGAGCAGAACCCAAGUGAUCUAGCCUCACGGGGCUGUCUGAUCGAAGAGCUCAUCGAAAACGACCUGUGGUGGCACGGCCCUCCAUUCUUGUCGUGUCAAACGGAUCUGCCUCUCGAAGAUAACGAAGACGUUGUCGAUCAACAAGAUCCUGAAGUGAAGAAAGGAGUGACCAUGAUGGCGAGCAGUGAACCAGCCACAGAACACGCGACGCUGCUGCAACGGCUGGAACGCUUCUCGACUUGGUUUGCUGCCAAGACUGCGGUGGCGAACUGCCGAAGAUACAUAAGGAAACUCAAGGAAGCGUGCAGAAGAAGACGCGGUGAAGAGUGCAGUGAAAUGACGAACGAACAAUUGACGGUCCAAGAUCUGGUCGAGGCUGAAACCGUGAUCGUCAAGGCACUGCAAAAGGAAGCGUUUGCCGACGAACUGCGUCACCAAAGUGGAGCUGAUGCCUCCAUCAAGAAGUCGUGCACAGAAGAUGGGAGUGGCCGAAGCAGCCAUCCCGAUCCGCGGGAGAAGAGCAGUCUGAAGAAGCUGGAUCCUCUGACGAGAAGUGGAAUUCUCUGCGUCGGAGGCAGAAUCAGACGCGCAAACCUGCCAAGAGAAGUCACGAAUCCAGUGAUUCUCCCAAAGAAGAGCCAUGUCGGUACAUUGAUCAUUCGUCAGUGUCACGAGAGGACGGGACACGCAGGAAGAGAGAUGACUCUCGGCGAACUUCGGCAGCAGGGCUACUGGAUCCUGCACGGACGCUCUGCUGUCUCCAGUUACAUCAACAGCUGCGUGACGUGCAGAAAGCUACGUGGUCCCCCCGGGGAACAGAAAAUGGCUGAUCUGCCAGUCGAGCGCCUUGAGCCGUCACCUCCUUUCACCUACUGUGGCAUGGACUGUUUCGGCCCGUUCUACGUGAAAGAACGACGAAGCCAACUAAAGAGGUGGGGCAUUGUCUUCAUCUGCCUCGCCUCCAGAGCCGUACACCUGGAGACACUGAACUCGAUGACAACCGACGCAUUCCUGAAUGCGUACCGAAGAUUUGUGUGCAGACGAGGUCCCGUGAGAGGUCUCUUCUGCGACAACGGCACGAACUUUGUGGGAGGUCAGAACGCGUUGAAGGCUGCUCUCGCUGAGAUGGAUGAAGAGAAGAUCAAGAACAGUCUACUGAAGGACCAGUGUGACUUCAUCAACUUCACGUUUAACCCUCCCCACGCCAGCCACAUGGGUGGGGUUUGGGAGCGACUGAUACGCUGCGCUCGGUCAGUUCUGACCAGCCUGUUGGUCGCGAAUGGAGAACAGCUGGACGAUGAGUUGUUGCGAACGUUGAUGUGCGAGGUUGAGGACAUCCUUAACAGCCGUCCCAUCUCCAUAGCUGACAUGUCCCCAACUAACCAGCUCGAGGCUCUCAGCCCGAGUUCCCUCCUGACCCAGAAGUGUAGAGUAGUCUUACCUUUUCCUGGUAGGUUCGCGACGGCGGACGUGUACGCCCGCCAGCGGUGGAGGCGAGUUCAGCAUCUCGCGAACGUCUUCUGGAACCGCUGGAGGAAAGAGGUCGUCCUCGCUGCGCAGGAGCGCCGCAAGUGGACGAAAAUGACGGAGAACGUCGAGGUCGGUGACGUCGUCCUCGUCAUGGAUGACGAGCGCCCACGCUCUCAGUGGCCGUUGGCGCGAGUCGUCAACACGUAUCCGGGCAGUGACGGCCUGGUACGCAAGGUGCGCGUCCUGAUGAACGGCUCGGAGCACAGAAGACCGGUUCACCGGCUGGUGACCCUGCUCCGUGCGGCACCUGGAGGCUCAGCUACGUGCACCGCCGAGUGACUGUGCACCGCCGAGUGACUGUUCCGUGCACCGCCGAGUGACCGUUCCGUGCACCGCCGAGUGACUGUUCCGUGCACCGCCGAGUGACUGUUCCGUGCACCGCCGAGUGACUGCUCUGUGCACCGCCGAGUGACUUUGCCCCGUUCACUGCGGCGUGACAUUGCCCCGUGCACUAUCGUGUGACUGCUCGGUGCACUGUCGGGCUACGGACCCGGCAGGUGAUCACGUGUGCUUAUGGUACUGUGAUGAAUUGAGCGCAAGAUUCCCCGUCAAGGGAGCCAGAAGGACAAAUUUGGUUGAAUGUCCCAAAUUUGGGGGAGCCAUGUGCCCGCGACUCGAUAUUAUUUGGUUGCGGUGAUCGUCGUCGUGGCGGCGGCGAGAGUCGGCGCGGCGCUGGGCGAGAGUCGGCGCGGAGCUGGGCGCCGCCGUAAUGGGUGAUGCCCGAUACUGAUACACGUGGACCGCGCCAGACAGAAAGAGAGGAAAGAGUCUCGACGUGGCUCAACUUUGGAGCCAGCGUGUUGGGUCCCGGCUUCCCGCCAUUCACCGGCGGACCGUUCCGCUUCGUGGACCGCAUCGGCCCCGCACAGCUGGUCAAGGGCAUUAAGCGCUUUGUCGCUGUCUACAGCGUCGGAUUCGAGCUGGUCGGGCACAAGUCGCGCUCUCCACGUGACCGAGCCCGCCCUUAGGCGACCGAUGCCCGCCAACCGGCCGCCGCGCGGACGGAGGUGACGCUGCCGGCCAUCGAGCGGCUCAUCGAGGCGGGCAACGCUCGGAUCAUCGAGACACUGGAAAAGAGACUCGCCCAGCAGGAGCGGAGAAUAGAGAUCCUCGAGGCAGAAUGUCAGGAGACAGAUGUCAUGAUGAUCCGCCGGGAAAUGACAUCCCAGAAAGAGGAGACCAGGGAGCUUAAGGAAAAGGUCGACGGAAUCAACAGAAACCGGCGCAUGUCCUCACUUAUCAUCACGUGUGAGGAAUUCGGUGACAGGAAGCCCGGGGAGGACAUUGAGCUCAUGACGGUGCAAGCGCUCAACAAGCGUUUCCCUGACUUGAAAUUAACGACAGGUGACAUCCAGGUCGCCCAUCGUCUUCAGGGGAAUGGUAAAGUGAUCGCCAAGUUUGUCAAACGGACAGUGAGGGACGAACUGUUUGAGCAACGGUUCGAGCUGGCCGGACGGAGGGGCGGUGCCCGACCGGGCAGGUGGAGUGCGUCAGGUGGCUGGGAGAUGGAAGCACUUUACCUCAGCGAGUCUCUGACACCCGAGUCCCAGCGCAUGUACAAUCUGCUACUCACUGCGCGUAAACAAGAAUGAGGAUCCAAGGUGGCAUCAGUUUUUACCAGGAGAGGCUACGUUUACUGCAGGAAGGUGAAAGGCGGCGAGAACAUCCGGAUACAGGACUGGUGUCACCUUCAGCGCAUCGUGCACACUGCAUAGCAGUCCGGGUGGGUCGCCGGUGGCGGCGGAGGCGGCUGGCGCGCCGGGCGGCGGGCGGCCGGGCGGCCCGCCCGCCCGGGAUCGGGCGGUGCCGCGCGGUUCCCGGCCUGCCCGUGAGGAGCGGAGCGCCGCCCGGCCGGGACCGGCGCCGCCGCUCUCCCCGGGCGGAGCUGCGGGGGAGCCGAGCCGGCGCACGGUAGCUGCUGGUGCACCUGCACCGGGUACAGGGCCGGAGGCGAGCAGCAGUGAUCCGGUAGGUGCGACACGUGACCGAUGUACGGCCGAGCGGACGGGUCGGGCGGGGGCGGGGCCGAGCUCGGUCGGGGGCUCCGGCUCCGGCUCCGGCUCCGGCUCUGGCUCUGGCCCUGGGCCGGCUCUGGACACUGUCCGGGACGACUGUCAGAGCUGUCCCCCGCUGAGCCGAGUAGAGUCUGGCUGUGAUCCCCUCGCCACGGGGUGAAUUUGAAUGUAUCGGGAAGUAUUCACUCUAGAGAGGGGGCGAGUACACUCAUGUCCGUUCGCUGUGUGAUAAAUGACGGCACUUCAGGUGCGUUCCUUGUCUGGCGGGGAGGUGUGCGGGAUAACCGUGAGGUUUUGGGGCAGGGUUGAUUAGUGUCACUUAUAAGUGGGAUAAGGGUGGCAAAAUCGGCUGAGUGGGGAAGAAAGACUAUGAUCAGGGAUUUGCCCUUACAUGAUAAAUAAGUGAGAAAGUGCAUUUAAAGUUAUUACACGAAUGAAAGUUUUGAACACCGUGCAAUGUGCAUUGUUAGUAGAAGUUUUCUCUUUCUUUUUCUCUUUCUGUUGCCGGCUACUCGUGCGGUCGGCUUGAACUGAUUAAAGGUAUGCACUUUCAUUACAGCUAUUCAAGCCAGCAUAAAGUGUCCCGGAGAAUCGAGAUGGUAACGAGAAUCGAGUUGGUAACGUUGAUCGCCUUAGGAAAUGACCAGUGGCUCAUGCAGGUACCGGUAAAUGUCUAUUAUCAUUUGAUUGUUCACCUGGAGAACGGUGACGUGUCACCCCGCAGACACUUGAUGAUGUGGGAAGCUUGAGAGAGCAGCGGUCUCGCCGCUUGCCGCCCGUGGCCCGCCCUUUGUGUGGCCCACAUGUGAUACUACCGAAAGGGUAUGCAUGGGAAGCAGCUCCGCGUGUGUGCCAGUGCUAUGCGUAUUCAGAGAAAAAUAUAUAUUCUGGGUGGUCAA